CGAGCGGCGGCAGCUGGGCGAGUGACAGCCUCAGCUCCGCGCGCCGCGGCGGCCAGAGCCGGCGCAGGGGAAGCGCCCGCGGCCCCGGGCGGCAGCAGCGGCCGCCUCCUCGCGCGCCUCCCGGGCCCGCAGCCCGCGCUCCCGCGGCCCCGGGGCCGGCACCUCUCGGCUCCCGCUCCCCGCGCGCAAGAUGGCUGACCCGGCUGCGGGGCCGCCGCCGAGCGAGGGCGAGGAGAGCACCGUGCGCUUCGCCCGCAAAGGCGCCCUCCGGCAGAAAAACGUGCACGAGGUGAAGAACCACAAAUUCACCGCCCGCUUCUUCAAGCAGCCCACCUUCUGCAGCCACUGCACCGACUUCAUCUGGGGUUUCGGGAAGCAAGGAUUCCAGUGCCAAGUCUGCUGUUUCGUCGUGCACAAGCGGUGCCAUGAAUUUGUCACUUUCUCCUGCCCAGGCGCUGACAAAGGUCCAGCCUCUGAUGACCCCCGGAGCAAACACAAGUUUAAGAUCCACACAUACUCCAGCCCCACGUUUUGUGACCACUGCGGGUCACUGCUGUAUGGACUCAUCCACCAGGGGAUGAAAUGUGACACCUGCAUGAUGAACGUGCACAAGCGUUGCGUGAUGAACGUCCCCAGCCUGUGCGGCACAGACCACACUGAGCGCCGAGGCCGCAUCUACAUCCAGGCGCACAUCGAGAGGGAAGUCCUCAUCGUCGUCGUAAGAGAUGCUAAAAACCUUGUACCUAUGGACCCCAAUGGCUUGUCAGACCCUUAUGUGAAACUGAAACUGAUUCCUGACCCCAAGAGCGAGAGCAAGCAGAAGACCAAAACCAUCAAAUGCUCCCUCAACCCCGAGUGGAAUGAGACAUUCAGAUUCCAACUGAAAGAAUCGGACAAAGACAGAAGGCUGUCUGUAGAGAUUUGGGAUUGGGAUCUGACCAGCAGGAACGACUUCAUGGGAUCUUUGUCGUUUGGGAUUUCCGAACUGCAGAAAGCUGGUGUUGAUGGCUGGUUUAAGCUGCUGAGCCAGGAGGAAGGCGAGUACUUCAAUGUGCCCGUGCCGCCAGAGGGAAGUGAAGGGAAUGAAGAACUACGGCAGAAAUUCGAGAGGGCCAAGAUCGGUCAGGGGACCAAGGCUCCAGAAGAAAAGACGACCAACACCAUAUCCAAACUUGACAACAAUGGGAACAGAGACCGAAUGAAACUGACCGAUUUUAACUUCCUGAUGGUGCUCGGGAAAGGAAGCUUUGGCAAGGUCAUGCUCUCAGAGCGGAAAGGCACAGACGAGCUCUAUGCUGUGAAGAUCCUGAAGAAGGACGUCGUGAUCCAAGAUGACGAUGUGGAAUGCACGAUGGUGGAGAAGCGGGUGCUGGCCCUGCCCGGGAAGCCGCCGUUCCUGACCCAGCUCCAUUCCUGCUUCCAGACCAUGGACCGCCUGUACUUUGUGAUGGAGUACGUGAACGGGGGUGACCUCAUGUACCACAUCCAACAAGUUGGCCGGUUUAAGGAGCCUCACGCUGUAUUUUACGCUGCAGAAAUUGCCAUCGGUCUGUUCUUCUUACAGAGCAAGGGCAUCAUUUACCGUGACCUCAAACUUGACAAUGUGAUGCUGGAUUCAGAGGGCCACAUCAAGAUUGCUGAUUUUGGCAUGUGUAAGGAAAACAUCUGGGAUGGGGUGACCACCAAGACAUUCUGUGGCACUCCAGACUACAUCGCCCCUGAGAUAAUUGCUUAUCAGCCCUAUGGGAAGUCCGUGGAUUGGUGGGCAUUUGGAGUCCUGCUGUAUGAAAUGUUAGCUGGCCAGGCACCCUUUGAAGGGGAGGAUGAGGACGAGCUCUUCCAGUCCAUCAUGGAACACAACGUGGCUUACCCAAAGUCCAUGUCCAAGGAAGCUGUGGCCAUCUGCAAAGGGCUGAUGACCAAACACCCGGGCAAACGUCUGGGAUGUGGACCUGAAGGUGAACGUGACAUCAAAGAGCAUGCAUUUUUCCGGUAUAUUGAUUGGGAGAAACUUGAACGCAAAGAGAUCCAGCCCCCGUAUAAGCCAAAAGCCAGAGACAAGCGAGACACCUCCAACUUCGACAAAGAGUUCACCAGACAGCCUGUGGAACUCACGCCUACUGAUAAACUCUUCAUCAUGAACUUGGACCAAAAUGAAUUUGCUGGCUUCUCCUAUACUAACCCAGAGUUUGUCAUUAAUGUGUAGGUGAAUGCAGACUCCAUUGUCAAGCCUGAAGUGUUAAGACUUCAGGCUAAGUGUAUGUAUCAAUUUUAGUCUUCCAGGAUCCAUGGUGCAUUUGCUGGCAUUCAACAUGUGGAGGGCUUGUCCUAGAGGGCUUUUCUUUGUAUGUGUAGCUUGCUAGUUUGUUUUCUACAUUUGAAAAUGUUUAGUUUAGAGUAAGCGCUUUAUCCAAUUAUAGAGGUACAAUUUUCCAAACUUCCAGAAACUCAUCAAAUGAACAGACGAUGUCAAAACUACUGUGUCUGAUACCAAAACGCUUCAGUAUUUGUAAUUUUUAAAGUCAGAGGCUGAUGUUCCCAGUAAAUGUUUUUACAGUUAUUCUACCCUAUCUUCUUUGAAUGCUAAGCAUGACUGGUAUUUUUAAAAAUUGUGAGUGAGCUUUGCAGUUACCGUGAACUAUUGUCUCUUGGAGGAAAUUUUUUGUUUAAGAAUUGAUAUAAUUAAACUGAGUUAAUAUAUGCAAACUCUCUUGUUAACAUGUCUGCUUUUAAAUAGGUCCUGGUACAGGGGUUAUAAACUGAGAGCCAUAAGCUGAGGCAGCCGGUGGAUGAGCUUUGUUUCACAGGCACACAAUUUUAUUUCAUUGAAAUCAUUGUCAACAUUUAAAAAUGGGAUACUUUAUAUAAAUUUUGAUUCACUUAUAUAAAUAAGAUUCACUUGAAAAAAAAAUUGGAAGACUAAUAGCCCUCGGCCUGGUUUCCACGUGGAAAUAAUUCCACCGAACUGAGAAAUGGCUGUCUCCUUUAAAACAGUGUGGGCUCUGGGGCGCCUGGGUGGCUCAGUCAGUUGAGCGUCUGACUCUUGAUUUCAGCUCAGGUCAUGAUCUGAGGGUCAUGGGAUCAAGCCCCACGUUGGGCUCUGUGCUGAGUGUAGAUCCUACUUAAGGUUUUCUCUCUCUCUCCCUCUGCCGCCUCCCCCACUUACGUGCACUCUCUCUCUUAAAAAAAAAAAAAGUUAUAAAAGCAGUCGGAUUCUCACUCCACCAAAGUCUCCACUAUGCCCUGUUGUGUCACAUUCUCCAUCCACUUACCUGGCUGCUGUAAAUUUGAGGUCGAGACUUCUGCCAUUUGCAAAUCUCACACUUAAUGGACUCAAUAAUUUUCCUGUGCCCAGAAUCAGAGUAUCCACUCAGUGAUCCAAUCAGUGUGGCUUGGUGUAUGAAAUCCUCGGGCACAAAGUACUUAACAAAAAUUUCAUCCCAGCUACGACAAAAGCAAGGAGGUCGCUGUCAGUACAGAAGGAACACUUCUCUGCGGUCAAUGAGGAUGUCACUAUUUGUCAAACGACUUACCUUUUCCUAUUUUCUAAUUCAGCAUCUGCAACAACAACAACAAAAAAAGUGUAUGCCCUUUUCUCCACAACCCUACUUCCCCAGGGAGGCCAGGAGAGGAAAGGAAAAUAAAAUAUGCCAUAUGUUUGGCAUGAAAAGGAGCCCCAGUCUCUGAGAUCAGAGUGGCACAUUAAUGAAUCACUGGGUGUCAGCCUAAUAUCUUCUUCUCUGAAUGAAAUCAUGCUUCUAUUUUCCUUUUGAAAGAUGUACUAAUCCAAUCUAUAGCACAUGCCUUUGUCGCUGCUAAUGCUAGUGGGUAGCAGAAAAGAGCAAACCUGUCACACCAAGUACAUUAUGAUUCCACAAAAUUUAUUCAUCUCCUGCCUCCUUGGAAAACGCCCAGUAAAUGGAGCAUCGGGCAGAUGCAGUGAAUCCAUUGAUCCUAGUACGUUCUUUGCAGAAUUCUAGAAACUCUGCCAGUUAACAUUGGGGAAAGCCAACUUAAACGUAAGGAAGAAACUGUGUGUUCUAUGCAUCACAUGGAGAAAACAAAAAUAACCAGAUUUCUAUAGAUGUUUGAUGACAUGUUCCAUUUAAGAUGGUAUUAGAGAAGAGCUUGCUGUUGUACUUCUGAGCCCUCCCCUCAUCUUUUCUCCCUCUGCUGGAUACAAACCCACCUUUCACUUCAUAGUUAUUGAGCAGCUCCUUUGAGCCAGGCACAAUUCUGGGUGCUGAGGAUAUAGAGACCAACAAGACAUCCCAGAACUUUCCACUCACAAGGACAAGAAGAUGCAGAAGCCCCAGCCUCUUCUCUUCCUAGCAUCAUGUCCAGUGAGAAAGAGUGGGAGCAGUUUACUCUGAUUGACUCAGCAUGGUCACAUGCACAGUCCUAAACCAAGGACUAGGUCUGGGGUAGAGCGGGGAGUUGGGGGAAGUAGUUUGAUUGGCCAGACCUACAUUGCAUUAGUUAUCUAUUGCUGUAUAACAAGUUACUCCAAAACUUUGAGGCAACAAAUAUGUAUUGCUUCUCAAUCACUACAGGCAGGAAAGCUGGGUGUGGCUUACCUGGCGUAAUACCUUUCAUGAGGUUGCAGUCAAGCUGAUGGCCAGGGUUGCAGUUAACAUAUGAAGGAUCAACGAAGGGGAGAUGGGAUUCACUUUAAAGCUUACUCACAUGGUUGUUGGAAGCUUCAGUUCCUCACCAGACAGACAUCUCCAUAGGACUGUCUGCACAUGGCAAGUGGCUUCCCCCAGUGACCAGUAUGGAAGCCACCUAAUCUCAGAAGUGACCAAUUUUGUAUCUACUACCCAGUCCCGCAAUGGAGCUACUCAUGAACUUAGGGAGCAUUAGAGAAAUUAGAUAGAUGGGAAAGAAAUUGCCAGAAAACUACCUGGGCUUCCCCAUGGUUAUGGACCACCAGAAGUCAGUCUUCUUAUUUGUCUCUUCAAUCUCAACAUAAAAAGACAUGGUGCCAGAGUUCAGGCUUGUCAACUGAAUACCAGUGCCAACUGGGGAGCUGAUGGUACAGGCUUUUUAAACCAAUGAGGACAACAUUUUGAAAUCUUCAGAUGUUAUUUCUGCUGUGGUUCUUUUUCUAACCUCAUACACAAACAGAUGCUGGAAAAAUCAGAGAGGAAUGCAAAGCAAGAUAAAUAGGAACCAAAUCUGGGACACUCAAUCCAGUGCCAUCUAUCAAUAUCUGGCUGUAAAAGCCCUAAAGCCAAAUAUCUCAGGUCCUGUCUUUGCUGGUUUUGAUCUGAAAUUGCUUUGACCCACAUGGAAUUCUGCUGUUUAUCAUUUCCUAGACCUGCAGCGCUGGCUCCAAAAGUGAAUCCUGACUUCUGAAAGCAAUAAAAGUUUGAAUUCUAGAGCCCUUGCCCAAUGAUUGAACCACAGUCUCUCCACUAUGGAUUUUGUCCCCUAAGUGCAACUCUCCCUGGCAUAUAGCCUGCCCAAAUUAGGCCAGAUGUCAGGUUAAGAUUAAAAUGGUAUUUGGACAAGAGACACGACAACAUCCAAUUCUGUUUCAACCGGUCACUCUCCCCCACAAGGUCCAAGAGGGAAUAAAUACAAAAAGGACAGUGCCUAGCAAAUAAAACGUUGAUUACUAUUUGAAGAUUGGACUGCAUAUCCCAAUGUGGGAUCUUAAUUCUAACGUGAGCUGUAUUGCAUAGAGAAUUCCUAGAUGUCAUGUGGGUUGUAUUACAUAUCUAUCGCUGUUAACAGAUUACUCCAAAACUUACCAUCUUAAAACAACACAUUUCUUGGCUCACAGUCUCUGUGGAUUGGGAAUCCAGGCAGUUUAGCUGGGUCCUCUGAUUCAGGCUCCCUUACAAGCUGCAAUCAAGGUGUUGGCUCAGGCUGUCACUGUCUGUGGUCUCAUCUGAAGGUUCAACUAGGGAAGAAUCCACUUCUAAGCUCACUCACAUGGUUGCUGGCAGGAUUCAGUUGCCUGUGAGGAAUUUGACUGACAGCUUCAAUUCCUCAGUGGUUCCUGGCUGGAGGCUGCCCUCAGUUCCUUACCAUAUGCACUCUUCCAAAAUGUCAUCUUGCUUUAUCAAAGUAUACCAGCUAAAAAGACAGUAUAGCGAUAAUACCUCUAAGCUGGAAGUUCCAUUCAAGUUACUGGGUCCAGCCCACGCUUAAGGAGAAGAGACUAUACAAGGCAUAAAUAGGCAAGGCAGAGACUUAGUGAGAGCCAUGUGAGAACCUGCCUACCACGUGGAUGGAAAAGGUUUCCUCUAAGAGACAUAAUACAGGGUGGAGUAUGGGAGAGAAAAGGGGUCUUAGCACUGUGUCUAAUGCAUGUGCACGAUCUUGAUGGAUCAGAUCAACCCUCCCCCUUGAGGUAAAGUGGAGGAUGGGAGGAGGCACUAUGGUCAUCCUUCCCCUGACCGAGAGUUUCCGAGCUGCUGUGGGUAAGCAGACUGACAUCAUGUAUCCAAAUGGAAACGACUUAUUCCUGGGAUCAAAAGACUCAGGCCCCUUGUGAAUGGAACAGAAAUCAUCAUUUAUGUAAGCCCACAAGAACUAAAGGCCCUUAGUCUCAAAAUAGAGGAGUUUUCCUUGAGCCCCUAAACAUGAGCAGCAUCAGAUUCACAUCACUGCCCUAGUUAAGCAGCAGAAGGCCAAAAGCAACCAUGGCAACUUUAGUGGAGGAGCCCCUGAAGGUAUCUGACCCCAAGAUUAUCCUCGAGAAGUGCCACUGGUUGUAAGUAGACAGAACCCAGAGGAGGGCUUACAGGGGAAGAAGGGGGAAAGGGGAAAAUAUUUAAAAAUAUUAUUAAGGGAGAGGAAACUGAUUGAAGAAAGGCACAAGCAGAAAAGGCCUCCAGAUCCCAUCCUCUAUCAUCUCCUGCCUCAAACCUGGGCUUGAGGGUGAUUUGCUCUCAUGCUACAAAGGCUGAAGCUAUGUCAAACAGUCCAUGACUGCAGAGAGAAAUUAUUAGAGCUGAAAAUGAAUGCAUAUCUUUCACUCAUUCAUUCCUUCGAUAAAUCCGUCUUUAGGACCAAUGACUGAUCCAGAUGGGAACAAAACAUGGGCCCUAUUCUCAUGCAGCUGAUGUUCCAGGAGGGAUUCAUGUUAAACAGUGAAUAACAUGAUUGCAGAUGGCAGCAAGUGCUAUGAAAAAAAAUAAAGACUGGCAGGGAUGGGAUGGUUGGAUUGUCAGCUAUUUAACCCAAAUGCUCAAGAAAGGCCUCCGUGAGAAGGUGCUAGUUUGAUCUGAGUGACAAGGAGACAGAGCAAAGCAUUGCAGACAGAGGGGACAGCGAAGGCCAGAGCGUGAGGCCUGGCCUGCUGAAGACCAGCAUGGGGAGAAUAGUAAGAACCGGGCAAAGUGGUGGAGACAAAGCCAGAGAGGAAGGCAGGGGACAGAUCUGGUAGGCAUUUGUCAACCUUGGUGAGAAGCUUGACUUUGUUCUAAGUCCAGUGAGAAUCCUGUGGACACCAUAUUCAUUCCCUCUGCUGUGGCUGUAACAAAUGAUCACAAACUGGCUUAACACAACACACAUUUGUUAUCUUACAGUUCUGGAGGCCUGAAGUCUAAAAUCAGUCUUACUGAUCAAGGUGUGAGAAGAACAGAUUCCUUCUGGAGGCUCUAGGGGAGAAUCUGUUUCCUUGUCUUUUUCACUUUCUAGAGGCUACUGCAUUUCCUUAGCUUAUGGCCUCUUGUCACCUUCAAAACACAUCACUCCAGGGCGCCUAGGUGGCUCAGUCAGUUGAGCAUCUGACUUCAGCUUAGGUCAUGAUCUUGUGGUUCGUGAGUUUAAGCCCUGCAUUGGGCUCUGUGCUGACAACUCAGAGCCUAGAGCCUGCUUUGGAUUCUGUCUGUCUGUCUGUCUGUCUCUCUCU